AUGCCUGGCACGCGGGAUGUCGAGGCGUGGACGUGGUAUAGCUUUGCCAGCUUGUUCACACUUUGCCGCUUCCUAUCUCGCACGAUCCGACUCGGCGGCGGAGUGCAAUUCUUCGAACCCGAAGACUUUGUCAUGGUUCUGGCAUUUGGCUUCUAUACCAACCUUAUAGUAUGGGUCACGAUCCAAGAGAAGCAUCUCCACACCAACAUCCUCCCGCCCACGGGCACCGAGGGCAUGAGCGCGGCCGAGAUUGACGACCGCGUUUACGGAAGCAAAAUCACAUUCUUGAUUGAAGAGUCCAUGAUUAUGCUGCAGAUGCUGUGCAAGGUGUGCAUGUGCAUGCUCUAUUUGAAAUUGACGUCCGGAUUGAAACAGAGACAGCGGCUGGUCAAGUGUCUUCUUUGCUACGUGGUGAGCGGAUGGGCCAUUACCGAAGUCUUCUUCUUUGGGUUCUGGUGCCGGCCCUUUCUCAACUAUUUUCGGGUUCUUGACGACAACACACCCGGUUGCACGACCUCUCAGGAUCAUCUCAUCAUGUCAUACGUCUUCAACAUCACGUCCGAUCUUCUCAUGCUGAUGGUUCCUAUUCCCAUGCUUCUGACGUCCCAACUGCCAUGGAAGCAAAAAGCCACCAUCUGCGGAAUCUUUGGCCUCGGCAUCUUUGUGAUGCUCGCCUCCACCCUAAACAGGUACUACUGCUUCGCGCACCCGGAUAGCAUCCUCUGGAUUUACUGGUACGUGCGCGAGGCCAGCACCGCCGUCAUCGUCACCAACGUGCCCCACUGCUACGCCCUGCCCCGCAAGGUCUUCCACCUCGGCGCCUUUGGCAGUUUGAUGAGCAGCAUGCCCAGGACGAGGCGGGCGCGCAAGGGUGGCGGGCGAGGCCACGGCAGCGGCAGCGGCGAGGAGAAGCACAAGCACAGGGCGGCAGCCCCGGGCCGCGCCGUCGGCAAGGGCCAGUCCGGGUUUUCGGAGAGCACGGAGAACUUUACUACCCCGGCGGCGUCCUUGUCCAAGCCCGCGUCCACGCUGCAGAUCUGGCAGCGGAGCGAGUACGGCAUCGACGCGAACAAGGGCGGUGACGGGGUGGCAGAGGAUACCGAGCUGCCGCUUUGGACGGGCGGCAUGGGGACCACCACGGCCAUGGUGGAGGCGGACCGAGCGGCUGCGGGGAGUCGGGGGAGCAAGAGGUCGAACCAGGGACACGAGUACGGAGUAGGCGUGGCUCUAUCGACGACGCCAUGA